CGCUUAGGAUUCUGAGGGGUCUGAUGAUCCUUCUGGUGUUUCUGUCUACUGCUUUUAUGUUCCUGCUCUACUUUUCACCAGUAGCUGCUCUAGGUCUACGGCUUCUGAGUGUGCAUCAAUCUAGGAGAGUUGUCUCGUUAAUCUUUGGUCUCUGGUUAGCUUUGUGGCCUUACCUGUUUGAAACGGUAAACGGGACAGCCGUGGUGUUCUCUGGAGACAGCAUUCCUGUUGAGAAACGUGUUUUGCUUAUUGCAAAUCACAGGACAGAGGUGGAUUGGAUGUAUUUGUGGAAUAUUGCGUUGAGAAAAGGCUGUCUUGGCUACAUCAAAUACGUUCUUAAGAGCAGCUUGAUGAGAUUACCUAUUUUUGGCUGGGGUUUUCAUGUUUUGGAGUUUAUACCCGUGGAGAGGAAGCGGGAGGUCGACGAACCUGUUUUGCUUCAAAUGCUUUCUUCUUUUAAGGAUCCUCAAGAACCCUUGUGGCUUGCUCUAUUCCCAGAAGGAACCGAUUUCACUGAAGAGAAAUGCAAGAGAAGCCAAAAAUUUGCAGCUGAAGUUGGUCUUCCAGCAUUAUCAAACGUACUUUUACCAAAAACAAGGGGUUUUGGCGUUUGCUUAGAAGUUCUUCAUAGCUCUUUGGAUGCAGUAUAUGAUUUGACUAUCGCAUAUAAGCCUCGCUGCCCAUCUUUCAUGGACAAUGUAUUCGGGACGGAUCCUUCAGAAGUUCAUAUUCACGUUCGACGAGUUCUACUAAAGGAGAUUCCAGAUAACGAAGCAGAAGCUUCUGCUUGGUUAAUGGAUUCAUUUCAGUCAAAGGACAAACUGCUAUCCGAUUUCAAUGCUCAGGGACAAUUUCCAAAUCAAAGACCAGAAGAAGAACUCUCUCUUCUGAAGUGCAUCGCAACUUUCACAGUGGUAAUAUCUUUGACAGUACUAUUCAUUUAUCUGACCUUGUAUUCACAUAGCUGUUUCAAAGUAUAUGCUGGUCUAAGCGGCACAUAUUUAUCGUUUGCUACUUAUUACAAGCUUCGACCUUCACCUGCCUUUUUUAGAGAAGAUUCUUGUGAAAAAGUAAAAAGCCAUUAACUUUGUUGUACAUACAAUUCUUUCUUUGUAUACAAAGAAAUAAUAUCAAGAAUUUACAGGCAGGAAAAGAUUUUUGGGAAGUCUUUUUCAUUGUUAGUUCUUGGA